GGCAGGCAUCAAAUGAGACGGCCGCAUAGUGGAGAGCUAUUCUGAUCAGAGAGACCGCUGGAGAGACAGACGCAAGUGGAUGUGACAGACCGGCUGACAUGGGGACCCUGCACAGGAGCCGCAGUCUAAGCGACAGCCCUAAACCAUCAGAACGCCAGCGCCUUCUCUCCCCGACGCCUUGCUAUGGCUCUCGGCUGUGUGAAAUCGUCGGCCCUGAGGAGAUCCAGCUCCGGCGCAGGCUGAAGUAUUUCUUCAUGAGCCCGUGCGACAAGUUCCGGGCCAAGGGACGCAAGCCGUACAAGCUGGCUCUACAGCUGGUCAAGAUCAUGUUGGUCACUAUUCAGCUCAUCCUUUUCGGGCUCAGUAAUCAGAUGGUGGUGCAGUUUAAAGAAGAGAACACGGUGGCCUUUAAACACUUAUUCCUAAAGGACUACUCGGAUGAUUCAGAUAAAACCUACGCCGUCUACACGCAGAAUGACGUCUACCAGAACUUGUACUACGCUGUGGAACAGUACCUCUCGCUACCCAAUCAAACAACGGCUCGAUACGCGUAUACCCGUCCCUUCAACCAAUCCGCUCUCUCCGUGUGUCAGCAGUACUACCGCAAAGGCCACAUUGACCCUGCUAAUGACACUUUCAAUAUUGACCCCAAGGUCAUCACAGACUGCAUUUAUAUGGACCCGUCGGACUCCAGCCAAAGCUACCGGAACCUUACUAUUAAGUUUCACAAGCUAAUCAACGUCACAGUAAAGUUCCAGUUAAAGGCAAUUAACAUUCAGACGAUCAUUAAUAACGAGAUUCCAGACUGUUACACGUUCACCAUCACUAUUGUUUUUGAUAACCAGGCACACAGUGGCAGAGUGAAAAUUAAUCUGGACAAUGAGGCGACUAUUAAAGAAUGCAAAGAUCCCAGCGUUUAUGGCCGAGGUGACAAUCACUCCCGGCUGGCGUUUGAUGUUUUUGUGAUCGUUUGCUGCAUUCUGUCUUUCAUUCUGUGCGGUCGCUCCAUCUUACGAGGCCUCAGACUGCAGCAUGAAUUUGCCGGCUUUGUGCGCACCCGGCAUUCUCUCACGGUUUCGCUGUCUGACCGCCUGGCGUUUGUCAAUGGCUGGUACAUGCUGCUCAUAAUCAGCGACAUCCUCACGGUUUCUGGCACGAUUAUGAAGAUUGGCAUUGAGUCAAAGACGUUUGCCAGUUACGACGUGUGCAGUAUUCUGCUGGGAACCUCCACGCUGCUGGUGUGGGUUGGCGUGAUCAGAUACCUCAGCUUUUUCCAGAAGUAUAACAUCCUGAUUGUAACACUAAGGGUUGCGCUCCCCAACGUCAUCCGCUUCUGUUGCUGCGCGGCCGUCAUCUACCUGGGAUAUUGCUUCUGUGGAUGGAUCGUGCUGGGACCGUAUCACGUCAAGUUCCGCUCUUUCUCCAUGGUGUCAGAGUGCCUCUUCUCUCUUAUUAAUGGUGAUGACAUGUUUGUCACCUUCUCGGAGAUGCAGCAAAGCAGUAAUCUGGUGUGGGUGUUCAGUCAGCUUUACCUGUAUACCUUCAUCAGCCUCUUCAUAUACAUGGUACUCAGCCUCUUCAUCGCUCUCAUCACAGGAGCCUACGAGACCAUCAAGUGCCAGAACAUGGGGGAUGUCACGGUCACUGUCCUCGAUCAGUAUAUAGCAGACUGUAAGGACAGUCCCAGCUCAGGGAAGUUCCGCUCUGCCAGUAGCAAAGACUGCUCCAUGCUCUGCUGGUGCGCUAAAAAGUCAACCGAUGAUGAUUAUUCUGAAAUCAUUAACUGAAGUUCCCCGUUGGUGGCCUGGAGACGCUCCCUUCGGUCCUAAUAUAUUGGAAUUGUAUUUUAAAGACUGUAAAGCAUUUUCAUUUUUUAAAAAUGUGUUUUAAUACAGGGAAGGUUAGUUUGUCCCGGGUGAACACCACCCGCCAGGAGACAUGAUUGCUGUUUUUAUGCAAAUCUUAUUUAUGCUAUUAGUUGAGAACUGUCACAGGAACAAGGAGGUAGUUAGGACUGAAACAUUGUCUGGGGGUAUACUUAGGAGGGGUACAUAGAGUCCCAAGGGAUUCGUUUUUUGCAUAAGCAGGGAAUAGACGUCCCACUAAAUGGGAACUUGACUGUGGUGACUAGGCAGAGUAAUUCAUAUAUAUAUAAUAUGUGAGUGAGUGAAUGAAUGAAUGAAGUGUAGCAGGAAGGAUUGGUGAGACUGUGUGAUGCAGAUUACUUAAACGCACAACAAAACUGUGACUGUGGCCAAUCAUGUUUUAAUUAUCUGA